CUUAUCAAGAUGUUAUGAGUACUCAGCGACAUGGCCGGCAAAUCUGGCUGGAGGAAACUCUUAAGAGCAGCAAUUGUCGGAGAAGUGGCGCUCUUGAUAGGAUCUUAUCGGGUAUGGCAUCAAAUGAACACCAGUAGAGAUUACAGAAAGUGGAUGGACGACAACUACCCAGCCAUUCUGGAAGGCUUCUACAGAUCAGCAGAGUUGGGUGGUUAUAGGGGAGCACGUGAGGCUGAUGCUGAGGCUUGGGGAAAGUAAAAUGCUUGCCUGGCAAGAUCAAGGAGGCUCUAAACAAUGGGUGUCAACUGGCACCUUGUAUGGUCAGUUGUGUUACCCAAGGAACAAGAAACUGGAAAUCAUGCCCAGUUGAACUUGAGUGAGCUGCUUAAAAAGAGCCUCUUCUUGGACAAUUGCAUCAAGAACAAGAUACUGUCAAACUUGGACAAAGUCAGGACAAUAAGUUCUCAAACCCACAAGAAAAUUGAUGAGCUUUUGUAGAAUAAAGAUAUGAAAAAGAGGUAAAAGAGAAAGCAAUGAUCAGAAAAUGCAACUGCUCUCAAAUAUAAUAAAUUUUGAAUAUUACUCUAACCAUAACACUGUUAGCUUCCACCAAGUAAAAAGGGUUGGCAAGUUAUGCCAGAUUUCUUAUAUUGUAAAUAGUAAAAUGUAACCAAACAAGUUGUAACUGAUCAGCUGUUUUAUUUCAACCCAUCAAGAGAAGUGGAAGUCAUUUGAAGACAAGAGUCACAAAAACCAGUUGCCUCCUUGUCCCGCGUUACCACCUGAUUCCAAAGAACAAUAUAUUCCACUUUCACUUAUCAUUGCAACCUUUACUAACUUGAGGCAUUGGAUGGACUGACUACCUGAGGAUGAACCUGAGAAUGGUUUCAAAUGAAGGAACUGUUUAUCUAGUCUUAUAAUCCAUAGCUCAUAAACCCUCAUAAGUGAAGUUUUGAAACUCAAUUAUUGUUCAACAAGUAGUUCAGAACUUGUUAGGUUCUUAAGGACACUCAUGAAUAUAUUAUUUCAUGC